UUUGCGCGACCAGGAACUUACAUUGGGAAGGAAGUCUUAUCCUGCAAAGUAAUUUAAAGGAACCCUCCCUAUCUUCAGAACAACCAACUCAUUUUCCUGCAUCUUUGUUCAUCCCCUGCUUGUGAGUUUCUCACAAUGAGCAGCAUCAUGCCCAUCGCCACGCUCGCAACAUUGCUCUUCUUUUUCCUAUCUACUACUGCAAGUGAUGAAAAUACAAGAAAGCCAUAUAUCGUUCAUAUGAUGAAAUCCAUGAAACCCGAGCAUUUCAGUUUGCAUGAGCACUGGUAUCAUUCAAUUCUCACUGAGGCAACUUCUGCUGCCUCCACUACAGAUCCGAGUGUCUUUUUAUAUAACUAUGAUGUACUCCUCCAUGGCUUUGCGGCCAGGCUGAACAGUGCGGAGGCUGCAGCUUUGGAGAGCGUGGAUGGUUGUCUCGCUGUGAUUCCAUCAUCUCUCAAGAAGCUUCAUACCACUCAUUCACCUCAGUUUCUGGGCCUCACCGAUGGCGGAGGACUGUGGUCGCAGCAUUUGAAUCGUGGAGAAGAUGUGAUAGUGGGCGUGGUGGACACGGGAAUAUGGCCUGAGAGUGAAAGCUUCCAUGACAAGGGUCUGGGGCCUGUUCCCUCCAGAUGGAAGGGCGAAUGUGAAAAUGGAGAGCAAUUCGAUUCCUCCAUGUGCAAUAGAAAACUCAUCGGAGCUCGAUUUAAUUUUUCUGUGGGCUACAAAUCGCAUGUAGGCGAGGAUUUCAUAUCAGCAAGAGACAACAACGGCCACGGCACACAUACUGCUUCUACAGCUGUGGGAUCUUCUGUAAAGGGAGCGAGCUUCAAUGGCUUUGGUAAUGGAACGGCCAUGGGGAUGGCACCUGCGGCUAGACUUGCAGUGUAUAAAGCCUGCUGGGGGGGACCGGAACCCAACUGCGAUGACAGCGACGUAGCCGCUGCUAUGGAAAAAGCCAUCCUAGACGGCGUCGACAUUCUUUCUUUGUCACUUGGCAGUGAGAUUGAGAAUCCAUUCUACAUGGAUCAUCAAGCGCUGGCAGCAUUCGGUGCCAUAGAGAAGGGUGUAUUUGUUUCCGCCUCUGCUGGUAACGAAGGGCCUUUCUCAGAUUCUCUUUCAAACAGUGCACCGUGGAUGACUGCCGUGGGUGCCAGCAGUAUGGACAGAGAGUUUCUCUCUCUUGUGAAGGUGGGCAAUGGUGAGGCAUUCAAAGGGUCGUCGCUUUACAGAGGACCUGGGAUUCAAAAUCUGCCUCUGGUCUACGAUUAUUGCAGCAACCUUGGUGUCGACCCACACCUCUUCAAAGGUAAAGUUGUGAUGUGCCAUUACCAUGCUAAUUCGACGGAAACGGCAAGGCUUCUGAAGGAUGCGGGAGCAGCAGGAAUGAUAUUUGUUAAUCCUGAAUUGCUGGGUGCUAUGGAUGAGCCUAUCGAGCAGCCGUAUUUACCGGCUACCACCGUGAGUUUUUCGACUGGCGAAAAGAUAAAAACCUACGUUAACAGCACGGCGGUGCCUACGGCCACCAUCAAUCCCACGGGGUUGACAGUGGUGGGUAAAGCAAUCGCUCCCAUUGUGGGCAGUUUUUCUUCCCGGGGUCCUAGCGCUUUCUAUCCGGACGUACUUAAGCCGGAUCUGGUUGCGCCAGGUGUCAACAUAUUGGCUGCGUGGAAGGAGGGCGGCUUCCAGAUAGAUUCUGGGACGUCAAUGGCGUGUCCCCACGUCAGCGGCAUCGCAGCGAUCAUACGAACCUCCCAUCCGACGUGGAGUCCUGCGGUAAUCAGAUCGGCUCUGAUGACUACGGCCUCCACGCUGGACAACAGAAAGCAGCCCAUCAGAGAUGCGCGAACCUUGCGAGCCGCGGACCCGUUUGCAAUGGGUGCAGGUCACGUAAAUCCAACGGCAGCGCUGGAGCCGGGUCUGGUGUACGAUUUGGGGCCUCAAGACUACAUCAACUAUCUGUGUGGUGGCUUCUACAACUACACCAAAAAGCAAAUUGCUCUCCUGAGCCACAAGUGGCCUGCCUGCCCCAAGUCGGAAUCAGGUGCAGAUCUUAACUAUCCAUCUUUCUCUGUCAUAUUAAAGUAUGGACAGCGUGUUCAGGUAAAGAGGAGGACGGUGACCAACGUGGGCGGUGACAAUGCCGUAUACAAAGUGCGGGUGAAGAGCAGUCCAAACGUAAAAGUAAAUGUGGAGCCAGAGACAUUGGUGUUCAAGAAACGAAGCGACCAGGCAAGCUUUAAUGUGACAUUCGAAAGUCAAGUGGAAGGGAGUGAGGAAUUAGAGGUCGGAGAGAUAAUGUGGAAAUGCAUCCAAGGCGGAACUCACAUCGUUCGUAGCCCGAUUACUGUUCUCUGGAUUCCGGUUUGAAGUGGAGGAGUUCUAUAAAUAUGUAAUAGCUACAGUACUAAUGUACUGGUAACGUAUAAAUAAGGCCCAAUUGAUAUGAUGAAGCUACUGAUCAGAUUAAAAAUAGUGCAUGCACUUAUGUAGAUACAAAAUGUGGGGUAUUCGCUGUAUGCUGUUGAACCGUUCUUGUUCUGCAAGGGACAUUCUUUACAAUGCUCCUCUUCUUAAACAAAUGAGACGGGAUUAAAUAUUAUGAUAACUAGAAUUAUAUAUGAACGCAUUGUAUUGAGGACUCUUUUUCUUAACU